AUGACAAGUAACCAACAACAACAACAACAACAACAACAAGAAGAAGAAGAAAUUACAACUAUCAAGCCGACAUCAAAUCAUACAGCAACUAUGAUUUUACUUCAUGGAAUGUUAGAGGUAACUAGUGCUUGGGAAGAUCCUUUGAAAGAGAUAUUAAAACAUUCACCUCAUGUAAAAGUUAUAAUGCCUCAAGCUCCAGUUAUCCCAUUGACUAUAAAUAAUAAAGCACCGGGUACUGCAUGGUUUGAUGUAGAAGCAUUUAAACCUGGUAUGAAGGAAGAUACCGAAAGAAUAGUUGCCAGACAUAAAAUGAUGGAAAAUAUUAUUCAAAAGGAAAUUGAUAGUGGAAUUCCUCCUGAAAGAAUAAUGUUGGCUGGUUUUUCAAUGGGAGCAGCUGUUGUAUUGUACACAAUGGUUAGUAUGAAAGUAAAACUAGCUGGUUGUUUAACAAUUGGAGGAUUCUUUCCUGUAGUAUCACUAUUUGGUUAUCAAAAGAAAGAAUGUAUUUCAAUACCUAUAAGAAUGUUGCAUGGUGAUGCAGAUACUGUGGUCGUACCAAAACUGGGUAAUGUUUUAAAUGUUGUACUCAAACAAAAGUUUGGUUUUGGUGUUGCUGAAUUCAUUUUGGUGCCUGGUUUGGGUCAUCAAUAUGUUCAUCCUAUGGUAUAUGAACAAUUUUCAGAUUUCCUUGUUAAAUAUUUACCAUCAAUAUAA